AUGGGGGUAUUCAAUUCAAAGCUCGACAAUGGUAACCAGAGUACCGGCCCGGGAUCCGAGACGAGUCGAUCGAAAACAUCAAAGGCUGCUGUCUUCCAGCAGGAACUCAUCUACUGGGAGAAGGUCUAUCAAGAACGCUUCGCUAGGAAAUUCAUCUAUUCACAUUAUACCCAGGACCCACUUUUCCUGCCUCAUGGCGGAGGGCCUACGGUAAAAGCAUCACCGUGGACAGAGCAUCUUGACCCCGAUAGUCACUCGAGUCGAUGCAACCCUCGUUACAAAGACACUACGCCGGAGCCGCUGUCAAAGAAGCUGGCCGAUCAAACAAGAGAUGAGCUUAGGAAGAUUUACUAUGACCUCCUUCUACAUGGCUCGCUGCGGCAGUGGAUGAGGUUAGCUUGGAUGACCGAAUGUUGGCUAUUGCCCCGUAUCCCUUAUUUGACAGACAAACUCAUCUCUCCUCCUGCGAGCCAAAUCCGGAAUGGGCAUAUUUUACCCUCACGUGUCCGAUCAUACAUCUCGGGUGAGGCUGAGGAAACACCCCUCGACCGAGAUGCCUUUUCGAAGCAGAGGCUCGGCGACAUUACGCUGUGGCCAAAUAUUAACGACCUUUCUCAACUUCCCGACGACAACAUGCUUCUGACACGAUGUUCAUGGCUCAAUCAGACGACUGCCAUGUAUUUUGAACCGGAGUUUGAGAAUCUUAGACGACUCUAUUUGGGUGUCCCGUACAUUGGACGUGGCCUCUUUGCAGCCUGGCACAAGGCUGACGUAGAGAGAGGAAGGGAACCCAAUCUGCAGCAGAUGCGUUAUUUCGCACACCCUAUAAUGCUGCUGGGCGGACCUGAACAAAGACCAAUUGCGGAUGUCAUCGCCACACAUAGACGGAUGUGCAACGCCUUGGCGGAUGCGCAAAACAAGCCCGUCGGUCCAAAGGAUCCCUUCUCCUGGGUCGAACACGGAGCUGAGAUGGGAGUGGUUUACCCAUCUAUCAUUAUUGUCGUCGACGAUGCACGAGACGGCCAGCUAUGGAGGGGCGGUUCCGAGGCCGAGGCUCGUGCAAAUAUGUUUGAGCACUUCAGCGUGUUGCUGGUGCGCACGGGGAAUGAAGAACACUUGAGCGAGCCGAUCGACCUCUCCGGUAUCGGUGAUGCCAUGCUAGCUCUGGGCCGAGAUGAGGUGUUGCAAGACAACCAGCAAGUGGUCCGGGUCUGCUUGGACACGGCUGUUCGCUUUGUUAUGGACCUCGAGCACCGCGAGCAGGACCGCUGCCCCCGUCUUACGGCGAUCAAGAAGAUACUGGAUCGAGAAACUUUCAUUGCUGCUGAUAAAUUUGCCGCGGAUUCGCUGGCGAUGGCUUAUGGAAAUGGAAGCAUUGACCGAAAUUAUGAUACCUGGGUGGCGGUCCGCAGGGCCAGGGCUUGCCUUGAUGGGGACUCCUUUCAUGUCGACCCGAAGUUGGUUGAGCUAGACAAGAAGAUGGACUAUUGCGCUAUUCGUACUCCGAUGUGA